AUGCGCUGGGUGCGCCACCACGGGGCCACCAGGAGAGGGGCCCUGAAGGACCUGCUGGCACAUGUGCGGCUCCCCCUGCUGGACCCCGUGUACUUCCUGGAGAAGGUGGAGACGGACCAGCUCAUCCAAGGAUGCAAGGACUGCCUGCCUUUGCUGCAAGAAGCCCGCAGGUAUCACAUCCUCGGCACCGAGGUCAGCUCCGUGCGCUGCCGGCCUAGAAGGUACCAUUGCUUCCCCUGCUCCAGAUCCAUGGAGUUAGCAGAGGCGAUCGUUGUGAUCGGCGGCUGCGACAGGAAAGGGCUUCUGAAGCUCCCUUUUGUGGACGCGCUCCAUCCCGAGAGCAAGCAGUGGAAGCCGCUCCCCAAUGUGCCCGGAUGUGCCAAAUCGGAGUUUGCAGCCUGCACCCUGAAGAACGACAUUUACAUCUCUGGGGGCCACGUCGCCAGCAGAGAGGUCUGGAUGCUGAGCUCCCAGCUGAACGUCUGGAUCAGGGUUGCCCGGUUGCAGAAAGGCCGGUGGAGGCACAAAAUGGCCAGCCUGCAGGGAAAGAUCUAUGCGGUGGGCGGCUAUGACGGCGUUUACCGCCUGUCCAGUGUGGAGUGUUACGACCCCUUCUCCAACAGCUGGGCGGCUGUGGCCCCUUUGCUGGAAGCCGUGAGCUCGCCGGCUGUUGCCUCCUGCCUCCACAAGCUCUAUGUGAUCGGGGGCGCGACGGAGGACGGGGCCAACACAGAGAAGGUGCAGUGUUACGACCCCCAGGGGAACACGUGGAGCCUCCUGUCUCCUGCCCCCUUCUGCCAGCGGUGCAUCAACGCGGUCACUUUGGACCAUGUGAUUUACGUGGCCGGAGGACUCCUGAGCGCCGUCUUCAGCUAUGACCCCCGGAGCGACGCUUGGAGAGAAGCUGCAUUGCUGCCUGGGCCUCUGGAGAGCUGUGGAGUCACCGUGUGCAGUGGCAAAAUCCACAUCCUGGGAGGCCAAGAUGAGAACGGGGAAGGCUCUGACAAAGCUUUCGCUUUGGACGUGGCCGCCGGCGUCAUGGAGCCCCAGCCCCCUCUGCAGCGCUGCACCAGUUACCACGGGUGCGUGACCAUCCUCCGGAGCACAUGCAGAUGA